AUAUUCAUACAGACGAAAGUUGCAGAUUUGGAGGGCGGCGACAGACUAGGGUUUUUGCUUGGAAUAUUGUUGCUGUUUCUCCCAAUUGCUUCACGAUGAUCUACGACGUCAACUCUCAUCUGUUCCGCUCUUUCCUCAGCCAGAAGGGAGGAGGUGCCUACGACAAAAGAAAAAUUGAGGAGCAGAAGCCCAAAGAGCAAAGAUUCAAGGCAAAUGAGAACAAGCCUGUCAUGACAGAGUAAUAACAACGUGAAUAUGACAAACAGGAAUAUAAUUAUAUAACAUUUGCAUUGGACAAAUACAAAUGGAGAGAAAUCUUCCUUCUUGGGCGACGGGAACAUAUCUUAGCAUUGUCAACUUUGGUGGGCCCAUCCCCGUAAAGCAUCCGAAGCACCAUUAUUGCCGUCUUGGCAAUGGCAGUACACAAGCAUUGUAAGUAACAAUAUUUAUCUA